GCGCUCGGCCCGGCAGUCGUGGAGGAGCCGGCGGGGCCCGCGCAGCGUCACCGUCCGCUCCGCUCCCGGGGCCGGGAUGGGGCUGCGGGCGCUCCCCGGCCGGCGCGCGUAGGAGCCGGAGCGCCCGGAGCCCCCCGCCAGCGCCGGGGAUGCGGGACGCGCGGCCGCCCGCCCCUGGGCGCCCCGGGCAGCCGCGCCUGGAGGAGGAGACGGCGCCCCCGGAGCCCGCCCCCUGAGCCCGGCCGCCGCCCCCCGGAGCCAUGCCCCCCGGCGCGGGCCCAUGGAGCCAUGGCCUAUAGGGUCCUGGGCCGCUCGGGGCCAGCUCAGCCGCGGAGGGCGCGCCGGCUGCUGUUCGCCUUCACGCUGUCGCUGUCCUGCUCCGCCCUGUGCUACAGCCUCCUGUGCUGCUGCGCCGCCCCCGGCCCCGGCCGCCUGCUCGCCGCGCCCCGCUGCCCCCGCCGCCCCGCCGCGCCCGGCCCCAAACUUCUGCCCAAGUCCCGCCCCUGCGCUCCCCCGGGGCCCCCGCCCAGCGCGCCGCGCCCGCCCGCCGCCAACCACUCGGGCGCCCCGAAGCCCGGCGCCAAGCGGCUGCCCCAGGCCCUCAUCGUGGGCGUGAAGAAGGGGGGCACCCGGGCCGUGCUGGAGUUCAUCCGCGUGCACCCCGACGUGCGGGCCUUGGGCACGGAGCCCCAUUUCUUCGACAGGAACUAUGGCCGCGGGCUGGACUGGUACAGGAGCCUGAUGCCGCGCACGCUCGAGAGCCAGAUCACCCUGGAGAAGACGCCCAGCUACUUCGUGACCCAGGAGGCGCCGCGCCGCAUCUUCAACAUGUCGCGGGACACCAAGCUGAUCGUGGUGGUGCGCGACCCGGUGACGCGGGCCAUCUCCGACUACACGCAGACGCUGUCCAAGAAGCCCGACCUGCCGGCCUUCGAGGGCCUGUCGUUCCGCAACCGCUCGCUCGGCCAGGUGGACGCGUCCUGGAACGCCAUCCGCAUCGGCCUGUACGCGCUGCACCUGCAGGGCUGGCUGCGCUACUUCCCGCUCGCGCAGAUCCACUUCGUGAGCGGCGAGCGGCUCAUCACCGACCCGGCCGGCGAGAUGGGCCGCGUGCAGGACUUCCUGGGCAUCCGCCGCCUCAUCACCGACCAGCACUUCUACUUCAACAAGACCAAAGGCUUCCCCUGCCUCAAGAAACCCGCCUCCAGCCUGCUGCCGCGCUGCCUCGGCAAGUCCAAGGGCCGGACUCACGUCCAGAUCGACCCCGACGUCAUCGAGCAGCUGCGCGACUUCUACCGGCCGCACAACAUCAAGUUCUACGAGGCCGUGGGGCGGGACUUCCGCUGGGAGUGAGGAGGCCACGCCCCCGCGGGCCCGGGCUCCUCCUCCUGCGCCCCCUCCUUCCGGCCCCUCCUCUUCCUCCUCCCCCUCCUCCCCCUCUUCCCUCCUCCUCCUGCUCCCAGUUCUGCCCCUUUCUCCUCCCCUGCUCCUUUUCCGCUUCCUCCUCCUCCCCCUACUUCUCCUCCUUCUUCUUCCUCCUCCCCCUGCUCCUCCUCCUCUUCCCCUGCUCCUCUCCUCCCCUCCUCCUUCUGCCCCGCUCUUCCUCCUCUUCCACCUGCUCCACCUCCUCCUCCUUCCUUUACUCCUCUUCCUCCCCUCCUCUUCUUCCUCCUCCUCCCCCUCCUCCCCUUUCUCUUUCCUCCUCCUCCCUCUCCUCUUCCUCUCCCCUCCACCUGUUCCUCCACCCCCUCCUCCUUUCUCUUCUCCUUCCUCUCUCCUCCUCUUCCUCUCCUUCUUCUUCCCCUCUCUCUGGAGCUCCUCUCUUUCUUCUCCCUCCUUCCAUGGCUUCCUCCUCCUCUU